GCCUUUCCCGCGUGCUGACUCCAGGGCCCCCAACCCUCGGCUCCUUGCCCCUCAGCACCUUCCGCGCCCUGCAGCAGCUGCUCGGGCUGCUGCAACCCGCGCUGCCGCGGGGACUGCAGCCCCCGGACCGCUCCUGGGCGCUCUCCAGCCCCGCCCCUCCUGCACCCUUCAGGCGCCCCCCCCUCCGGACCCCGCCUGCCUACAGUCCUGUCUCCACCCUGCUCAGAGAUUCACUCUGCACCCUACCCUUAGGUCCCACGCGCCGGGCACUCUAGACCCUCCCUUAGCCCUGCAGCUCCAACCCCGCUGCGGUGCCCGGGUGUGGGGGGAUGUUUGGUGCCCGGCCCCGCCCCCCCGCUAAUGCUGCUUCCAGGAUCCCAGCCCCGCAGCUGGGCAGUGCUGCAGUACCCCCAGCCCUUCCCCCCAUCCCUGCAGUGGUCCCGGGAGCCGCGCGCUGCAGCCGCAGCAUCCCCCUCCCCUCGGCACUGAGCUGGCCGCUGCUGCAGCCCUAACCCCCACCACCACUACCACCCGCGACGCGAAGCCCGGCCACUGCAGCCCCCGCCCUACUCGCCCCCCUAGACCUUUCCAGAGCCCGGGAAUGCGAGCUCCCAUUUGGCGGGGAACGUAGAGGAAAAUAUCAUGGGGAAGGGGAGCUAUUGAUGUCAGACUCAGAACUGUGCCCUCUUCCCCAAAGGCUGUCAAUUGAGCCGGGUUGCGGUGGGAUGAAGCCGGGGUGCUUUCUCUGUGGUCCGCAGGUGUGUGAAGAAAACCUCCACGCAGGAGUAUGCAGCAAAAAUCAUCAACACCAAGAAGUUGUCAGCCCGAGAUCACCAAAAACUAGAACGUGAGGCUCGGAUAUGCCGACUUCUGAAACAUCCAAAUAUUGGGUUACUGGCGGGGAGCUGUUUGAAGACAUUGUGGCUAGAGAAUACUACAGUGAAGCAGAUGCCAGCCACUGUAUACAUCAGAUUCUGGAGAGUGUUAACCACAUCCACCAGCAUGACAUUGUCCAUCGGGACCUGAAGCCUGAGAACUUGCUGCUGGCAAGUAAAUGCAAGGGUGCUGCCGUCAAGCUGGCUGAUUUUGGCCUCGCCAUCGAAGUGCAAGGAGAGCAGCAGGCUUGGUUUGGUUUUGCGGGCACCCCAGGUUACUUGUCCCCUGAGGUCUUGAGGAAAGAUCCCUAUGGAAAACCUGUGGAUAUCUGGGCCUGCGGGGUCAUCCUGUAUAUCCUCCUGGUGGGCUACCCUCCCUUCUGGGAUGAGGAUCAGCACAAGCUGUAUCAGCAGAUCAAGGCUGGAGCGUACGAUUUCCCAUCACCAGAAUGGGACACAGUGACUCCUGAAGCCAAGAACUUGAUCAACCAGAUGCUGACCAUAAACCCAGCAAAACGCAUCACGGCUGACCAGGCUCUGAAGCAUCCAUGGGUCUGUCAACGAUCCACGGUAGCCUCCAUGAUGCACCGCCAAGAGACUGUGGAGUGUUUGCGCAAAUUCAAUGCCCGGAGAAAACUGAAGGGUGCCAUCCUCACGACCAUGCUUGUCUCCAGGAACUUCUCAGUUGGCAGGCAGAGCUCCGCCCCCGCCUCGCCUGCCGCGAGCGCCGCCAGCCUGGCCGGGCAAGCUGCCAAAAGCCUAUUGAACAAGAAGUCGGAUGGAGGUGUCAAGAAAAGGAAGUCGAGUUCCAGCGUGCACCUAAUGCCACAGAGCAACAACAAAAACAGUCUCGUAAGCCCAGCCCAAGAGCCCGCGCCCUUGCAGACGGCCAUGGAGCCACAAACCACCGUGGUGCACAAUGCUACAGAUGGGAUCAAGGUGAGUGAGUGGUUCCUGAGCCAGUCUCCUGCUUUCCAGAUUAGCAAGAGACAGGUGGGCUGGGUACAGGGUCUAAUGCCAGUGGCCACCUACAGCCUGCACCCUGAUGCUGAGAUGUUUACAGAGGCUGGGUCGGAGGUAACGUAUGUCUGUUAGUUUCUUUAUUCUGAAGAAGGGCAAACCUUAGCAACUCUGAGCCCAGGCUCUGCAGUCCAACAGACCUGUCUCUAGACCUCUGGGCAAGUCCCUCAGUUUUCUUAUCUGUAAAGGGGCAUUGUAAUAAUAAUAGAAUUUUCCUCCAAGAGUGGUGAACCUAAGUGAGAAAAAAUGUUAGCCAAAAAGAAAACAGGGCUGGGGAUGU